AUGGCCAAAGGCCCUCAUCAACUCGAUCUCUGGGACUCGAUCUACCGGCCCUUCGAGUCAAAAUUAUACCGCAAGCUGGACGACGCGCAUCCGGAUCUCCCCGUGCAUAUCCUGCACUUCAACUACGGUGCUCUCCUGUCUGAUCCGCAGCGCUCAACGGGGGCAAAUGUGGGCCGACUGGCGACAUCUAUUGUGGCGAUUGCGUGUCUGCGUGCCCAGACGGGUGUUGGACCGCAGGUGCUAUCGCAUGUGUUUGGUUUACGGAAGGCUGUCGAGGACUCGGCGUGGGUAAAUGACGUCGAGAGCGAAGAGGCGGCCAAGUGGCUAGCGAGCGAUGAGGGGAAUACGUGGAUCUUGAACAGCGUGGAUGAUAUCGUGAAGGCAAUUGGAAAGGACGAGGGGUUUAAUUUUGCCCCGGCAAGGGAGUCGAGGUUGUAA